AGCCUUCAUCUACGAACCGACGAGCAACUCAAGCGACCCCCGAAAUGGAGGGCAACCUCCCAUCCCCAGAUUAUGCCUACGAUAUGGAGUGGAAGUGGCCUUGGGCCAAGUUCGAACUGCCUCCCAACGCGCUGUUCACCACACUCCAGGAACGAUUCAACACUCGCCAGUGUCCUAUCCAAGAUCCCUAUGCUUUUCACCAGGAUGUCUGCGAAUCUGCCGACUACUCUGCCACAUUGGAAGAAUUUUAUACUCAGUUAUCCGCGAGGAGGGAUGAGCGAGUUCGCGAACUCAACGAGGCAUGGGCGGACAUUGCUUCCCUGCUCGCAUGGUCAUCCAACUGGAAUUGCGCUGGGUGCGAGCAACAAACGCCCGGCGAAAGUUCCGAGAACGACGACGUAACCAGCCGAUGGAGCAAGUUCUGCGACCUGUCUCGAACCAUGUCGUUCGACUCCAUGGUGCGGUUCUUCGACGGCUGGUGCAGGGACAGGCGCAGAAUUGAGACCCAGCAGUACUUGGAUCUCAAGAGAGAUGUGCAGGCUUUUCGGGAUCGGAAACCGAUCAAGUUUCCAAUCAACCGUGUUACAAGCGACGCCGUUAAUUCCGAAGCAGCAACAACAAGGGACGGUCGACUAUCGUCCACACCCGAAGCCUUUCGACCUGUGUCCCCGGAGUCAAUAGUGUAUAACAUCAACAACGAGGGCAGGAAAGAGGGGGAGGUGGUGGAAAAGCAGAAGGAAUCUUCUCAAACUACUACCGCCAAGGUCUCACGCGAACAUUUCAAAUCCGAAAUAGGGCCUCUUGGACCUACCCAAGAGGAGAGCCGUCACGACAAAUAUGUGUCGAAAGCGCACCGCACCACGGCUGAUGUCGAUUACCCCGCACCCCGGAACUCGAAACGAGCCAUCACUACACGAGAAGAACUACAAGAAGGAGAUUCCACGGACGGCCAGGCUUUGCACAGCAAGAAGCGACGACGGAUAUCACAAGAGCAUCAUGAUGGCUGCAUCAUGGGACGCUCUGGCGUCGAGAAUCAUCGGAUGAGCAAGAAAACGUCUGGCGAAGUGCCAGAUCAGCAGGCGGAAAGUCGAGACGUAUGGGACAGGAGUCUGAGUCCAGAAACAGGGCAUUAAUGAUUCUACAUAUCGCUAGUUCUCAACAUUCCCUAAAGGCCCAAGAGUGGAGUUUUGAAUGGCAUCCAUUACUUCAAUGAACCCUUCCAUGGUACCUAGGACUUCUCAGUACGGGACGCUAACAUGGCAGGUCCCGGCCGGCAAGACUGGCGCGAUGAUCAUUGACUCAGCCUCCACGAGGUUACCACGACCCUUUGCUUGGUAUUGCUGGCGGUAUUUCCCCAUUUCCCAGAAGAGUAGUACGCAAACAGAUCGUGAGAUCGUCCACGUGCCAGACAUGGAUUCUGGAUCAUACUCCAUUCUGGCAAUUUUCCAUCGAUCAACUUGAGCCCGCUUCCAUCCCCAGGGCUUUGUGCUAGAAUCGCCUGGCGCCCGAGUCUGCUUAGUUGGGUAACUGUCCCAGAACAGCCGUGAGGCUAGAUUAGAGAGGGUAAAAUGUAAAAAAAAGUAAGCAAA